AUGUCAACCACCACUUCCCCCUCCCAGCCACCGAACUCCAUCCUCCUCCUCGGCGCCGGCGAACUCGGCUCCGCCAUCCUCACCUCCCUCGCCACCCACCCCCACCUCACCAACACGCACCUGACCAUCGCCCUGCGCCCCGCCUCCCUAUCCAACACGUCCCGGCUGUCCGCCCUGCGCGCCCUCGCCCCCGCCCCGCGCCACCACGCCAUCACCUUCGCCGGCCUCGACCUCGCCGGCCCCGCCGCCGAAACCGACCUCACCGCGCUCAUCCUCUCCCGCCCCCACGCCGCCGUCAUCGCCUGCACCGGCUUCGCCGCCAGCGGCAGCGGCACCGCCUCCACCGGGACGCAGACGCUGAUUGCGCGCGCGGUCCUCGCCGCGGCGCGGAAACAGCGACAGCUUUCUUCCUCGUCGCCUUCGUCGCCGCCCCUCCGCUUCUUCCCGUGGCAGUUCGGCGCCGAUUACGACACGACGGGGCCGGAGGCCGCGGGCGGGCUGAUGGCGGAGCAGUGCGGGGUGCGGGCGCUGCUGCGGGAGGAGGCGGCGGCGGCGGGGGUGGAGUGGACGGUGGUGAGCACGGGGAUGUUUAUGAGCUUUGUGUUUGAGGAGUGGUAUGGGGUGGUGGAGGGGCUGGGGGCGGCGUUGCGGGCGGGGGGGCCGGAGCCGUUGAGCGAUGGGGGGAGAGUUGUUGUGAGGGGGUUGGGCGGGUGGGAGACGCAGGUCACGCUGACGGAUGUGAGGGAUAUCGGGCGGGUGGUGGCGGAGCUGGUGGCGGAGCCGGCGCCGGUGCAGGGCGAUGGUGGGGGCAGUGUGGUGUUUGCGGCGGGGGAGACGGUGACGUAUGCGCGGUUGGCGGAGGUGGUGCAGAAGGUGGUGGGGAGGAGGGCGGAGGUGCAGAGGGAGGAGUGGAGUCUGGAGUACUUGCAUGCGGAGAUGGAGAGAGACCCGAAGGAUCAGACUAAGAGGUAUCGCGUGUUUUUUGGAGAAGGCAAUGGCGUGGCCUGGGAUAAGGAGAAGACAAUCAAUGCGGAGCGGAACAUCGACUCCAUGGGGGUGGAGCAGUGGCUGAGGGAGAAGCUCAGCAUGUGA